AUGCCCUGCAUAACCAAGUGCGAGCCUAUGGAUGCAGUCUCACCCACCACAGAGGCCCAUAACAGUGAAGCUUCCUCGGCUGUAAAUCCUGAGACAAAGCGCCAAACGACGCAGAACAUCAAUGAAGACCGCAAGCCAACCCCUCCGCUGCUCGAUCCAGACAUUCGACUCCCAUUGGAGAUGAAAUUUGUGUCGCAGCCAAAUCGAGGCUCUGGUGAAAAACCUGCCUUGCGCGCUACCUGCGAUAUCUCAGCAGGUCACAUUUGGGGACCUUAUCGGAUCGCUCGACUGUUUCGAAGUACAAGUCCGUCCAGCGAAUGCAACACUACCUCAUCUCACAGACAGAUCACCGUUCUAACUGGAAACGCCUGUGAUUUAAUUGUUCAAGUGAAUGAGGAGAACGCCUGGAUUAAACUACUUCAAGAGCCAGCCGUAACUGACGCCUCAAAUGUGGAGAUUAUUUUAGAAAUUGUACCCGAGACAAUAAGUGUGGUCUCACUCACCAACAUCGCGUCGGGCAGCCAAAUCCGGGGUGCAAUUAAACUGGUCCCUCCUAAUUCAUCUGGAGCCGCUAAGAGUGAAUCGCCCUCACCACCAGUAGUCAACCCGAGUUAUGGUGGAGCCCCAGCAGGUGUAACCGCGACCACGACCACGGGUGGUCCAAAGAGGGAUAAAAAGUGCCUUUACUGUGGCAUCUUCUUCUCCAGUUUGGACACCCUCACUGCUCACAUGACUAACUACUGUUCGCGACGUCCUCACCUCCCUACACCGCCCACUGGGCCGUCCACAAGCGGCAGCGGCAACAGUGGUGGUGUUGGGGCUACCUCGUCGACUCCUGACAAAAGUGCUGUUAGUGUUGCUGAACCCGGUGACUCAGGAGUCAGUGAGCCCACGACCUCACAAACUUCAGCCUUCUCCUGGCCAAGCCGAAGCACUCCAGGAAAGCGUUUAAACGGACUAGCUAACCCGCACUCCCCACACAAUACCAGCCGGUCGACUCCCUGUGGCAGUGUUGGUGGUGCCGGCAACAGCGGACGCAGCGGUGUCUCUCCUCCUGGCCUACCCCGUCCUCCUCCAGAUCUGAGCAGUGUUCUUGCUGCUGCAGCUGUUGCCAACAAUGCUGAUCCCCUCGUCACCUUCGCUGCCACCCUAGCUUCCCUUAGUCGAUGCAGAGCCCCACCAGUGACGGCAGAACAGCAAGCUCAUCAACUUCACCUCUCGGCUGAGGAGAAGUCUCGUGCUCUCUACUGUCGUGGAUGUCAGCGUUUCUACUCAAAUUCCAUUUUCUCCUUCCACGUGGGAAUCAGUCGACACUUGAACAGGCUCGCUGCAGAAGGCAGCACUGACGUGGGUCACCUGGCCGACGCAGCAAAGCGCCUUGGUCUAGUGAUGACCGCUCCCCUCAUUACAGAUGCAGGAUUUGUCUAUGUACCAGUGCAUCCGAUCUGCGGUGGAGGUGGAAGUGGCAGUGCAAGUGGGACGGGAAGGGGAGAAAGCGGUGGAAGCGGAGUGCGAGCUCCACUCGACCUUCGAACUGCAAAGUCGACAGGAGAGGAGACAGCAGCAGUGGUGGCAGCGGAAGAGACAGGAUCUGCGCCCACGAUACCUCAGCAGAAUGCAACAAACAGCCUUCUUGCAACAAUUAUCUCGGGUUUGGUGAGCGGAGGCUUGAGUCCUCCAGGGCCACCGCCACCCCCACCACCUCCGCCACCACCACCACCGCCGGUUCCACCUCCAAACUGGUGGUUUGGAGGAAAAUUGCCAGAUGCAGCAGCCUUGGAAGCCUUUUUACAAGCUGUGGCGUCGGGACAGUCGCACCACCUCAGUACAACAGCAGAUAUUGCCAGAACUUCCACUGAAGGAUCCACUGUUGAGGUACAGAGACCCUAUCUCUGCACCAAUUGUCAAACUCGCUUCCAGGCCUACACCACUUUCAAGGCACAUCAACAGUACUACUGCCAAGGGCGUCGCAAGGGGAGCAUGACGUCUGAGAACACAGCCACUUUUCACAGCAAUACAGCUUCGUCCACUCCGCAGAGCACAAAAUCUUCGACAAGUUCAGAGCAUUCACAUUCACCAAAAAGACGACGUCUGACAGAGGUUGACAGCUGUCCAAUGACGCUGUGUAUGAAGCCCACCUCGCCACUCUCACAAGGCGACAGCAGUGAAACCUCCCCCUCCUCUCGAUCUUUAAACGGAGAUUGGGAGCAUGUAGGAGGAAGCUCUGAGUUGCGGUGUCGCCUGUGUGGUUAUAUCGGUCAGACUACGCGGGGUAUGAAAAUGCACAACCGCCUGCACGAGUGUACCGCUGCCUCAAACACCAACUCAAGCAUUCGGACAAAGCCACAGAAACCGUCCAGCCCCAAAUCGCCAAACACCUCGGCAGAACCCAACUCAAGUCCGCCCCAAAGCUUUCCGACCCAACCACUGUGCUAA